GCAUGGAUGUGUGUGAGCGCUCCCUCAUGACAAAGCUCCAGCGCGUCUGGAAACCAGGGACGGAGCACGAGCGUUUCGGGAGAAACCGUCGACAAGAUCAACUCUGUGUGUUUACCUGCGAAACUGCUCGCUGAAAAACUACUUCAGUGACCGACUGACUUUUCAUUUUUUUCUCAUUGGUAGCUACUCCUCGCUUCCCCCCUUUAUUCUCCAAGUGAACUUUAUAGGGAUGUUAAAUGUGAGCAUCACCGUGCUGCUAAAUACAAAGAUAGUGCUGAAGAAAGUGUAGGACGGAUGCUCUCUUCUUUUACUUCUACUUUUUCUGUUUAACACACGAGAGGAAAAAAAGAGGGAGCAAGAGAGAGACACACAGAGAGAGAGAGAAAGAUAGAGCGCGUGUGUGAGCAGGAGAGAGAGAGAGAGAGAGAGAGAACUCGCACCGGUUUUUGGAGCUACGCUUUCAUGCCGUCAGUCUUGCGGACUCUGAGAUGGACGUCAGAUUUUAUCCAGUUCCCCCUUCAAGCGUGGGUUCAUGUACGUUACCGACUGACUCCGGUUUGGACUAUUACCACUCCAACAAGAGCAGAUACGGUGCUGCAGAUCGAGGUGUGAGGCUCUACAGUUCCCUGCCCAUGCGCCCAAACCCUGACGGCAAGAGACUGCCCUCUACUGGGUUUGAUGGUGACAACAUGUACAUGAAUGAAAACAACCACGAGUUCCUCCCGCCAAACCAGAGCUACACAGGUCAGACCGGCGGCGGUGGGGGAGGAGGUGGAGGUGGAGGCACGGGCAGUGGAAACGGAGCCGGGGACGAAGACUACGAGAUCCCCCCCAUCACCCCACCUAACCACCCCGAGCCUCCUCUGCUUCACCUGAUGGAGCACGACUCCACAGGCUACCUCUGCCACUCGCUGCCACACAAUGGGCUCAUCAACCCGUACUCGUACCCCGAGCUGCCCACACUCAUGAUGUCGAACAUGCUGGCACAGGACAGUCACCUCGUCUCCAGCCAAAUGCCCUCGAUGCAGGAGAUGGCUUUGCACCACCACCACCACCACCAUCACCAACAACAACAACAGCAACACCAUCACCAGCACCCAGACGGCGCUCAUUAUGACCCCGCCCGUCACCACCCCAUGAUAAACCGCUCACCUCCGAUACUGCCCAACCCCAUGACCGCUCUGACCCAGCUAAACCCUCAGGUCAGCCGGAGCGCUGUGCGUCAUGGCUCCCCCUCACCUCCCGGAAGUAAAUCCGCCACACCCUCCCCCUCCAGCUCCAAUCAGGAAGAGGAGACUGAUCCUCAUUCAAAGAUGGUCUUCCAGAUCACGGGCGAGAAGCGACCGUCUUCAGAGAUGAUGAAGCCCAAACCCAAACCCCAAAAGAAGAAGAAGAAGAAGGAUCCCAAUGAGCCAACGAAGCCUGUGUCAGCCUACGCCCUGUUCUUCAGGGACACCCAGGCGGCCAUUAAAGGACAGAACCCCAACGCCACCUUUGGAGACGUAUCCAAGAUAGUGGCCUCCAUGUGGGACGGACUGGGAGAGGAGCAGAAACAGAGCUACAAGAGGAAAACAGAGGCUGCUAAGAAGGAGUACCUGAAAGCCCUGGCCGCCUACAGAGCCAGUCUGGUUUCCAAGACAUAUAAUGACCCCGUGGAGACAAAAAAUGUCCAGACAAGCCAGGCCUCUCCCCACAUGAUGUCAGCCAACCCGCCCCUGUACAGCGUGCCACCUCCCCCCCAGCCAUCGUCGCCCUACCUGGGGCCCGGGGCCUUCCCACUCACUGACCUGCAGAGCUACGCGGGACACGCCCCUCGCCACACACUGUCACAGACGCUCAGCCAAUCACAGAUGCUGCCCAGCAUUAGUGCCUCUCCCCCAUCCUCCUUCCAGAUUAGCCCCCCUCUGCACCCCCACCAGCAGCUCUCCCUGCAUCAGAGCUCGCUCCUCAACCAGCCUAUCCGCAUGCAGCAAGUCCAGUCCCAGCCAAUCAUCUCUCACCAGAUGGGGCUUCAGGCCUCUCUUCACUCCCCCCCUCAUGGGCAGCAGGGAUUUUCCCACCUUCAGUCAGAGUAUCAGAAGAGCAUUGGGGGUUCCCAGUCUCCAGGAGCAUCUGGCCCGGGUCCAGGCCCCGGAGUGGCUCAAAGCCAUGACUGGGAUGGUGAAUACUGCAAUCGGGAGUGUGGCAACCACUGCAGUGGCAGCAUGAUUGGCAGGGACAAGCCCCUCUACCUCACCUGAAAACUGAAGAUCAUGCUCUGUCGACAAAUACGACACAGAGGAGUCUACUCUCACCCCCCCCCCCCCCCCCCCCCCCCAUCCCAACCUGCCCCCGAUUCCCCCUCACCCAUUUCCCCCUCAACCUUCUUCUGAUGCACACAAUUACAUACAGUUCACACCUAACAUACACUGACAAACACAUGCAAACACACACACACACACACACACACCACCACCUUUCUUUGUCUGUGUACUUUUGGUUUCUCUCAGUUUCUAGAAGAACUUGUGAGCAGAGUUUUUUUCUUUUUGACUAGAUGACUGCUGUCUGUACCACUUAAUGUAUUAGCAGUCCUCUUGCUGUUUAAAAAUUUGCCAAGCACUUAUGAACCCUCGACCCCUUCCCUCUCCCCCCCUAGCCUCUCCUUCCUCCUCUCUUUAGUUGUGUUUUUCUGCCCUCUUUUAAUACAGGCAGGACCGAAGAGCUGUCCUCUUUUGUGUCACCAUCAAAGUCCCCUCAGGGGCCCCAUCCAGCUUUAAUUAGAAUGAGAAGAAACAAAAUGCUCUUCCUCUUCUUUAAUCAUUUCCAUUCCCUUUUUUGUUGUUGUUGUUGUUGUUGUAUUUAUUUCUGGCUUGCUAAAUUGUUCCAUUUCUUUUUUUUUUGGCCCUGUACUGUCGAAAAAAAAAUAUGAACUACGAGUAGGUUCCGCGCAGGCUUAGAUGUUAUGGUAGCUUUGCUUAAGGGCCUGCAAAUGAAUACAAAAGGCUUGGGUUUGGGAUGAGAAAAAAAAAAGAAAACAAAAAGAAUCUUUUUUUUAAAUAUUUUAGACCUGUCGGGGUCUGCUGAGCUGUCACAGUGUGAUUGUAAAUAUCACUUUUAUGGGAUCAAAUUGGGAAUUGGAAGUCCAGAUAGAUUUGUUUCUUGUUUAAUAUUACAUGUAAGUCAUUCUGGGUGUGUGUGUGUGUGUGUGUGUGUGUGUGUGAGAGUGCAUGUGUGGGUGUGUGGGUGUCUGGACGUUCGAAUGUACCCCAUUCAUUGACGUGUGCAGCUGAGUGUGUAUGUGUGUGCGUGCACGGACACACACGAGCGUGCAGGAGUGUCUCAGCGUUCGAGUCUUUCUCGUGAAUUUUAACAGCCCUGUGCAGCUGGAUUUCAGAGGAGUAUUUCACACUCUCGUUCUUGCAUUAAAUCUGUGCUCACUGGUGUGUUUUUUUUCCCAAUAAAGUUCAAUCUAAAACUGAAUACACAAUAUGUGUCCUGCAGAUCAUUAAAUGGAAAGAGCCAGGUGAAAGAUGAGGGGGAAAAAAAUAUAGAACGAGAGAAAGAAACGUGGUGAUAUAAAAUGAGAGAUAAUGCUGCAGGUUGAAAAAAAAGAAAAAGAUAUUGCCUCAAAAUGCCCCACUCCCUCCCUCUCCCCACCCUACCCCUCACCCACCUCCUCCCCCCUUUUUUCUUAUUUUGUCUGACCAUAACGUCAAUUUCUGUCUCCUGGACAUGCAGAAGUGAAGUAAUUAAAUAUGUGAAUGGAGCCAUCACAUCCACAUUAUAGUGAUUUUUAUAAGUUUCUAGUUGGUGUUUGGUUGUGUUGCUCUCAUCUUUUUAACUUUUUUGUGUGAUUAACAGAAAUGCAUUUUGCUGACAAAGACAUCUGUAUUUAUCUCUUUACUGUAGCAGCAUUUCAGUUUUAGUUGUUACAGAACUAUAACAUUUAAAGUUGUGUAAAAAAAAAAAAAAAAGAAAAACCUGCCAAUUGUAGUUAUUUUAUUUGUAAAGCCAGUAAUGGUAAAUAUUUUAAAUGGUUAUCAACAUAUUGUUUUUUUUUUCUUCGCUAGUUGCCCAUCAGCCAUUUGACAGGUUUUCUUAUUUAUGAGAGAAAUUGGAUCACAUUUUGCUUCUUACAAUGGAGGUGUAUUUUUAUUUUUUGUUUUAUUGUUUCUUUCCUCUCUGGUUUGAUAAAAAAUGAUGAUGACCACAACUUUUCUUUCCUUUCCUUUUUUUUUUUUUUACAUUUUGGAUGCUGCUCCUUUUUCCCCUUGCCAGCAGCAUCUGUUUGUGUCACAAUGCUUCUUUUAUUUCAAACCUGCAUAAUAAAAAAAAGUUUAAAAGUGA